UCAGCGUUGUGCGUUAGUAUCGCGUUCAUCUCUUGCGUGCAAGUAGAGGACCCAUGCAAGAUCAAGUCCCGUGUAGCUGCAGACGACAAGUACUGUGACAAAUACUGGGAGUGUGACGGUGGCCAGGCGGUGCAGUACGACUGCCCCAAUGGCCUGGUCUUUGCGGGGAAACACAGAGGUGUGACUGAAGGAUGUGACUACCCCUGGAGAUCCAACUACUGCGAAUAUCCUAAGGUUCAAAUAAAUCCACCGAUCGGCGUGGAGCAUUGUGAUUGGCUGUAUGGCAUAUUCGGGCAUGAAACCUCCUGCACCAGAUACUGGACUUGUUGGAACGGAACAGCGACGGAGCAACUCUGUAUUGGUGGUCUCUUGUACAACGAGAACGCUCAUUCCUGCGACUGGCCAGAGAAUGUAGACGGAUGUCAAAAACAUCCCCUCUGUAAUGAAGAUCCUAAUGGCAACGUUCCUCUGGGCAAGUCCUGCAACAGGUACUGGCAGUGCCAGGGGGGAUACCCUCGUCUGCAGAGGUGUCCUGCAAUGUUGGUCUUCGAUAGACGCUCGUUGAGAUGCGUGGUGCCUCCCACAGAGGAGUGUGACGUACCCACUACCACUCCACCUGCACCAGAAGAGGUCCAGGAGGAGAGACAGCAAGUGCCCCACAAGUCCCACAGACCGAGUCAAGAGUACCAAGAUCCCCAAGGGCAUCCUCGACCUCGGAACUAGGAUAGACAUUGCUAAGUUGAAUACGUAAAACCCCAUAUUGUAUAAACUCACUCACGCGCAGUUGAAAUACUCACCGUCGUUACAUCAACUCGUCAAUUGUCAAGUCACAUGUCACUAAAAACAGGUUGGUAACCAACGUCUCAGAAAAAAUAUUGUGAAGUUUCAAAAGUAUAUUUCAUUUAUUCAUUUAUGUUUCGUGACUUCUCUUGUGUUAACAGAAAGCUUAGAAUUCAAAAAAGCAUAUUUUAAAAAAAUGA